AACCAACACAUGUUCCCUUGGAAACCUUCAUCUUCAAGACUCGAGAGAGAGAGAAAGAGAGAGAGAGAGAAAGAGAGAGACCACACGUGCCAUAUCUCUUUCCCUGUCUCUCUUGGCAGCAGUCUGCUUCUCUGUUAUUUGUUACCACAACAUAAAGAUAUAGAGUUGAUGAGAUGAUGGGUUCUGGGGUUCCUUAUGGUUACAAUAAUGGAGGUGGAUCAUCAUUUUCCUCUUCAAAUUUAUCACCUUUAGCCCCACCUUUCACUGUUGAUAGGUCUGUAGCAAAACCCCUUUUGGAUUUAACUGAGCCCACUUAUCCUGUUAGGUUGAAUCCCUCUUUACACAAUUGGGCUACCUCUAACUCUCACAUUCCCAAUUCAAGACCCGAUCUUUUUCCCAUUCCCAACCUGGAAUUUGAUUCCAUACCAUCCCCAAAUGUGUUUGGAUACUCAUCACCUACUCCCCAGGUGACGUCUAAGAACCACCCUCUUGUUUUGGCAUCGACUGAUGCUGUUUUGUAUGGUCAGAGUAACCCUAGCCUUGUUGAAGCUGUACCGUAUUAUCCGUCCUCGUAUGUCUCGCCUGCAAUUGGUAGUGAUGGUCACUUGAAAAUCCCCCACCAAUCUGGUUAUGAAUUGCUGUCUAAUUCUUAUGUUGGAACGUCUAAUGGAUCAUCUCACGAUGAUUAUACUCAAAGCUCAUUGGGUUUGGAGCAUGCGACUCAGUGGAGUGGCUUAUGGGAGGGAGUUACUGAUUGGAAUCAGAGCAAAAAAUUGCAACUUGAUGGAGGUUUUUGUGAGAAGGAGAAUUUUAUUAAUCAAGGGUUUUCUGCAUUCAAAGAUGUGAGCAAAUGUGAAGAAACUUCCCUUGGAAUUGACAUGGUUGGAAGGCAAAUGCACACCGGGUCUGCAAGCACAGGACAACUGGAUUAUAAAGCCUUCCUUGUUGAAAAACCCAAGUCCAUGCCUACAACACCACCAGCAUUGAUAUUCCCUCCAGCAGCACCACAGGCCUAUCCUCAAGUGUCAUCCUCAAAUGCAGUCAAUUCUCCGAACAAUCAAAUGCUGCAUGUCACUUCAUAUGGAAAGUCCUCAAGGAAGCGUGAUGCUAGUUCAAAUGAUAGGAUGCCAAUGAUGAAGCCUUCACCUGCUGUUGUCAUUAGACCCCCGGGACAAGAUACAUAUUCAUUUAAAAAUAUAAAUACUGGUACUGAUGGUGAUGAGAAGGAUUUUGCUGGCAAUAACACCUCUUUUGCGCAAGAGCCUAAUCCAUUUAUUAGCUCCAAAGGCAAAGUUUGCUAUGAUUCCAGCCAAGUUAAUUUUCAUCUGAAACAAAAUGAUGAUUCCUUUGCAGAAUUUCCCUCCAAAAACCAUGAAGAGUUGCUUAGCAACAAAAAUAUUUCUAUUGAUUUCUUGGAUAAACUUUUCAGAGAAAAAAUGGAAAAUAGAGUUCCUUGCAAAAAUCUAGAUUUCUUCAAUUUGGCCAUGGAUGGUCAUGAGGCUGCUGGUUCUGUAGAAAUUACUUCUGAGAGUUUAGAUCAUUACUUCCCUGCUGUGGACUCGCCAUGCUGGAAAGGGGCUCCAGUUUCUCUUCCAUCUGCAUUCAAAGGUUCUGAGGUUGUGAAUCCACAGAAUAAGGUAGAGGCAUGCAAUGGCUUGAAUGUGCAAGGCCCUCAGAUUUCCCCUUCCACUACUAAUGAUGCUGUAAAAGACUGCCCUGAGAAACAAAGCAAUAUCUCCAUGACCUUCAAUAAUGAGAGUCUGGAGCAUCGUCCAGCCUCUUCUUUUAAGAGGCCUUUAGUUGCUAAUGUGUUGUUUAGAGAAGGAAUUGAUGAUGCUGUGAAAUAUGGACCCUGCCAAAGGAAAUCAAGCUAUUGCAAUGAAGCUCAAAUUUCUGAUGUCAUUGAUGAACCUAGGAAAGAAAGUAUACUGCCUGAUUUUAAACCUGUCCACACUAAGCAGAAAAGUCUUGAAGAAGGUGAAUGGCCAUCUAAGAAAAAUUCUGAUGUUGCAGGUGUUAGAAGGAAAAUCAACGACAACCCUGAUGAUUGUUCAUCUCAUGUGCCAUAUCAUGCUAUAGAACAUGUCUUAUGUUCACCACCUUCCUCAGAACAUGCUCCUGCUCAGCACACUCAAUCACAGGUUGGGGAAUCAUCGUCAAAGAUGCCUGCUCGAACACUUGUUGAUACAAUGCACAACCUCUCAGAAUUGCUUCUAUUUUAUUCUUCAAAUGACACGUGUGAAUUGAAGGAUGAAGAUUUUGAUGUUCUUAAAGAUGUGAUCAACAAUCUUGAUAUUUUUAUAUCCAAGAAUUCAGAAAGGAAGAAUUCAACACAAGAAUCAUUGAUUCCUCAGCGAGCCACUUCUCAAUCUCCUGGAAAGUUAUCUGAGCUUUACAAGGGCCAACUUGAGUUGCAGCAUUUUGAGGACGAGAAAGAGUGUAAAAUUGUGUCUGAUGAGAGAAAGGAGAAACUGUCAAAUUUGGUUUCUAUGAGGGGUGCUACAGAUACAGUCAAAGACGAUAACGUGACCCAGGCUAUAAAGAAGGUUCUUGCCCAGAAUUUUCCGAUCAAAGAAGAAUCAGAGUCUCAAAUUCUUCUGUAUAAGAAUCUAUGGCUUGAAGCAGAAGCUUCACUGUGUUUGGUGAAUUGUAUGACUCGCUUUAAUCGAUUGAAGAUAGAGAUAGAGAAAGGCAGCUCCCAAAAAGUAAAUGCCCCAGUUGUACCCGAAAAUUCUAUGAUCAUGGAGAAUCUUUUGAGGCCUAAGGUUUCAUCUGACAUAUUGCCUGCUGAAGAUGAGGGUAGCCCUGUUCACAAUGUUCCAGAUUCAUCUAUCUUGAGCAGAAACAGCCAUUCAGAUGAUGUUUUGGCCCGAUUUCAUAUCAUAAAAAGCCGGGUUGAUGACUCUAAUUCUCUGAAUACUUCAGCCAUGGAUUUGUCAAGUCCUAAGGUUUCUCCUGAUCUGUACAAGGUUGACAAAUUGGCACAUGACACAAAAGAUAGCUCUAAGUCCAAUAUAUCUUUCCAGGAUUCUAUAAGGGGAGCAAGCAGUCAUGCAGAUAAUGUUAUGGACAGAUUUCGUAUCUUAAAAUGCCGGGUUGAAAACUCUAGUUCUUUGAAUACAGCAACUGGGGGGAUAUUGGCAAGUUCUAUGGUUUCUCCUGAUCAGAACCAGGUUGACAAGGUGGCACAUGAUACAAAAGAUAGCAUUAUGUCCUAUACCAUCCAGGAUUCCCCCGUGUCAGGAAGGAGCAGCCAUGCAGAUGAUGUUAUGACCAGAUUUUGUAUUUUAAAUGGCCGGGAUGACAACUCUAAUUCUGUGACUAUAUCAGCUGUAGAGAAAUUGUCAAGUUCCAAGGUUUCUUCUGAUCUGAACAAGGUCAGCAAAUUGACAGAUGAUAAAAAAGAUAGCAUAAAGGCAGAUGUAACCACCCAGGAUUCUUCCAUGUCAAGUGCAUCAAGCCAGGCAGAAGAUGUUGAAGCAUCUGUUAUUUUGAAACACAGAGACGGCAAUUCAAGUUCCUUGGAUAUGGAAGAGCACCAGCGAGUGAGAAUUGAUAAUGGGUACAUGGAUCUGAUAAGGCUUGCUCGAAUGAGUAAAGAUGGAACGAAAGACAGAACUUUGGAUGUAAAUAUGGAACCUCUCAUCCCAAAUUAUCGAGCUGACUCUACUGAAGACAAACCUGCUGUGAAGGAGUUCUGUUUAUUCAUAAAUGAUGAUGCUGAGACUCAAUCUCGCCUCACCGAUAGGUUCGGAGACCAACCCCAUGCUGGCUGGUAUGAUAGCUGUUCCUCAGAUUGGGAACAUGUCUUGAAGGAAGAGCUUGCAGGGCAGGGUUAUUAAUCCUCAAGCUGGAUGCUCAAUAUUUUCCUCGUCUGUUAAUAAUACUACGUUUUCUGUUUUCCAAUAACAUGUAUAUUGCUGUGACUUGACAUUUACACUGGCUUGCUCUGAUGAGAGUUCGAUGGCUCUCUGAUCAUAUGAAAUGUUUAUGGACUGGUUUGGAUUUUGUAAA